GCAUGCGUGCUUCCCAAUCUUUUGCUGGGAAAUGUAGGCAGAACACGGAAUGCUGGGAGCUUGUGAUUAAGACUUCGGAGGCUGCGGGAAUCUCUUCGCGGUGUAUGAUGGGUGUUGCAGUUUGUCUCGGCCGCGUGUAAUUUUUAGCUACUUGGUUACACCCUUCUUUAAAUGUAAUAGUAUUAUGUGCACCGCGAUCCCAUGCAGAAGUCUCAGAAAUGAAUACCACUAGUUUGAUAGCAUUUUCUCCCUAGUAGGUGGAGAAAGCAAGGCAGCCUUAAUUACAAGCGCCUAACAAUCUCAAAUUGUUUUGCCCCGCAACAAGAGUAUUCUCCAAUACAGCAGCUUUCCUGCUUUUAAUGCCUUGUUCAGUUUUAUGCAUUGCACUUCGGAAAAGAAUAUUUUAAGUUUAAAUGCCUUUAAAUGCGCUCUUAUUUCCGUUCUAUUCGAAAUAACCGUAGAGACUUAGAAGCUGAAUGGAAUCCACCAGGGUCCACAUGCACCGCUUAAGGUUCCCCGCACUAAAGCCUAGAAAUGUCGCUCUUCAACGAGCCAAUCUAUUUCCCCGAUUAUACACUCUCCUGUCAUGAUUUCUGCAGAUGAGAAAGCAGACAAUAGUUUAAAGCACACAGUCUUUAAAGCUGCAAUCCUUAACGUAUUUAAUAGUACCUACAAAUAAAUAAACUACGCUUAACGGAUAACUAAACAGCAUCAGCGGCAUCUGAAGCCUUUUUGGCUGAGGAGAUAAAAAAAUAUCGUAAAUAAGUUCUGUCCUGUGUUUACUCUGCCCCUUAUCCUUUCUCUGCUCCCUUUGUUGCAUCCUCUGUGUUAAAAAUAAUGUCUAGGAUCAGCUGUCGUGUUUCGUUACUCAGUAAAGGCAUCCUUCACGUUAGAGGCUCCGGCAAUGUGCAGAAUACGGUGUUAAAUAAACACGAGCGACACAUUUCUGACUGACCAUCUUAUGCCAGCCUGGAUUCCUUCAAAACCAAAAGCCAGUCUUUGAAAAUAUGAGCCCUGAGAACACUUGCACAGUCCCAGAUACUUUGUGUUUGUGCUGCCACCGAAAAAACUGGCUUCACUCAGAGGGGAAAUGCUUCAGCAGCAGCCAAGUGCACGCUACGGCCUGAAAUGAGUCUGCAUCAUGAAUAGGUAUACAACUAUCAAACAGCUGGGAGAUGGCACAUACGGUUCUGUCCUCCUGGGAAGAAGUAUUGAAUCAGGGGAGCUGAUUGCCAUCAAGAGGAUGAAGAGGAAAUUUUAUUCCUGGGAGGAAUGCAUGAAUCUUCGAGAGGUUAAGUCCUUGAAGAAACUCAACCAUGCCAACGUUGUGAAACUAAAAGAAGUUAUCAGAGAAAAUGAUCAUCUGUACUUUAUUUUUGAAUACAUGAAGGAGAACCUUUAUCAGUUAAUGAAAGAAAGGAACAAAUUGUUUCCAGAAUCUACUGUCAGAAAUAUUAUGUAUCAGAUUCUUCAAGGACUUGCAUUUAUACAUAAACACGGGUUUUUCCAUCGAGACUUGAAACCUGAAAAUCUCCUUUGCAUGGGACCAGAACUUGUGAAAAUCGCAGACUUUGGCCUCGCACGGGAGAUUAGAUCCAGGCCUCCGUACACAGACUAUGUAUCCACAAGAUGGUACAGGGCUCCUGAGGUGCUCUUGAGAUCUACCAACUACAGUUCUCCCAUUGAUAUCUGGGCUGUUGGGUGCAUCAUGGCCGAAGUUUACACACUUAGGCCACUUUUCCCAGGAGCCAGUGAAAUCGAUACGAUUUUCAAGAUUUGCCAAGUAUUGGGAACGCCAAAAAAGAGUGACUGGCCUGAAGGGUACCAGCUCGCAGGAACCAUGAAUUUCCGCUGGCCUCAGUGUGUCCCAAAUAACCUCAAGACCCUCAUCCCCAACGCAAGCAGUGAGGCAAUUCAGCUCAUGAGAGACAUGCUGCAGUGGGACCCCAAAAAGCGUCCCACAGCUAGCCAGGCCCUUCGAUAUCCUUACUUCCAAGUUGGACAAGCACUGGGCACCUCUCGCUGUCUCCAGGAGGUGGGAAAACAACAAAGAGACCUUCCUGAUAAAGCACAACUCCACAUCAAACCCAUUCCCCCCACACAGCCUCCUCCGAAAGCACACGUUCGCCUUUCGUUCAGGCCGUGCCAGCAGAACCAGCCCUCCCACUCCCUGAUAUAUUCAUCCAAAACAGACUCUGCAAUGAGUGGCCAUUUAAGAGAAGACAAGCCUAGCCCCAUCGCUUUGCCAGACAUCCACAGUAAGGCUCCUCAGCAGAAAGCAGCCACUGGAUCAGAGAAAACAAAUGGUGAACUCAAGCCAAAGACCCGUCGUAGGUGGGGACACACCGCUGGCGCACUAAGAAGUUCUGAGGAUUGGGAGGACUUGGAAAUUGGUGACAGUGACUCUUCCCUCACCAGAACUGAUUUUAAAAGCAAAGAACAGAAUGACGACGUUAUUUGUAGAUUUGAGAGUAUUUUGAACCUGAAGCCUUCAGCCUGCUUAGGGACUGGGAACAGUGCACCAUCCUACCUUCGGCAGGACACCCCAACAUUACAAAUUUCUGCAGCCAAGCAACAUUACUUGAAACAUUCUAGGUAUUUACCUGGAAUAAGCACAAGAAAUAAUUUAGUUUCCAGUUCAAGCAAAGAUUCCAUCCCAUCUGAUCCAUGGCCAAGUUCUAACUUGCCUCGAAAGACAUCAGCAGUGGCAGGAGGGAUCACCAGACUAAACUCCAGCCACACAGGAUCGAAUGGGUUAGUGGGGGCUUACGUCCCUUCAUUUCUGAAAAAGGAAGUUGGCUCUGCUGGCCAGAGAAUUCAGUUAGCGCCACUCAUUGAUCCAUCCGCUACAGACCUCUCUUCUCAAUACACUUGUUUGAAGUCUGUGAGACCCCAUAUUGGGAUGCCAUCAUUUAAUAUACCUCUGAAAAGCACACCGGGGCCACUGCCACAUCCACCUCCUGUUCAACCAGUCCAUGGACGAAUUGACUGGUCUUCAAAAUAUGGCGCUCACCGCUGAACCCUUGAGCUGGAUUGUACCAUGAUAAGGGACCAUGAUAAGACUCCCUAGUAGCAUUUUACGAGCUGGCACGUCCACCAAUCUUUAUUUCUAUCACCAAGGCAUUUCAAGACUGCCUAAAAGGGAUUUAUUUUUAGUUGUAUGUAUUUGAAUGCAACCUUGUACCAUUUUUGUAUUGUUUCUAUUAAAUGAUUGGGGCAAUUAUUUUCAUAGGACCAAUAUACAUUUGUAUAUCAGGCUUAGAAUUGUGGAUUUGGUUUUUAUACAAUGUAUUUUGAACCUGACUUUUUAAAAAGAAAGCUAUUUUUCCUUCCUUUCUUUUUUUCUUCUUUUUUUGGUCACUUUUUAUACAAGAGAAUAGAUGUAGCAGAUUGAGACAGUAUUUAAUAUAAUUAAGGUGCAGUUAGAAAGAAGGGCACUUACCAAAUACUUCAUCAUAUGAACAUGGUAUGUUGGGCAACAAGCAAUUGAGCUUGGAACUGAGGCCCUUCUUUCGGCAAUGCACAGAAUAGCCUUAGCAAUGUUACUGAUCUCAUCUUUGCUGUAGCAAAGCGUCCAAAUGAGUUGCCUUUCAUAAGGCUGAGGAGGAGUUUUAAGGCCAGUUCAUACAAUCAACGGGAUAGAAUGCUACAGCUUUUUCUGCUGUAGCUUAGAGACUGUAUGUUUAGUAAUAAUAAAACACAGUCGUACGUUGAAAAUAAUUUGUCAGGGAAGAAAUUAUUCAGCCUAGCCAUUUUAUUGCAUACAGGCAAAGAUUUUCUUUUUCAACACAGAGAAGCAUUCAAGCACACCUGUCUGCAGCCCAAGUUGAUAUAUUCCAGGUUAAGCUGGAGUCUGUUGAUUGCUUAAACUGGUAAAGGAAGAGACAUGUUGCAGCCAGUAUGUGUAAAUUGCGUCCAUGUGCCACUUCACACUUAAUGUUCACCUCCUCUUCACAAUGAAAACCAAGCUGGCUGAAAACAAAGCAAUAUUAAGUAUGACAAAGCUGGUUUCUAGAGUAAUAUAAGUAACGUGUUAAGAUUAACACCAGCGGCAACGUUAAAGAUUUGUAUACGGUCUAUUGCUUUCAGUUGUCUUUAUGGCAUGGCUUUUCCCUCUCUAAAUGCCAUGCAAUGGCAUCUAUAUAAGAUUAAUGCGACAUGUAUCCCUCACGUAAUUAAAGGCUUAUUAUAAGGAAUGGGUCAGCAUGGCAUCUUUUUAUAGUAUGACUUCUAGAAGUCCAGGCCAAAUUUUAGUAGGUAUCAGUAAGACAGAAAUUUAAACAUUGGAGCUAUACAUUGGGAAAAGGUAUUAAAAAGGUGAAAUCAAAUGUUUGAUUUAACAAAGCAAAAGCAAGGAACAGUUGCACUUGUAAAACUAUAUGAAGACUGCAUUAUCUAAUUAGGAUUUCACUCUAAUGCCCUAUCAUUUGCUGCUUGGGAGGGAAAAAUAUUGGGAAUUAAUCCCUAUGUAUUUCAACUCACAGAGGACUCAACUUGGUGUUUUCUAAGGGGAAAUGGCAGCUUUUCAGUUGAGGAAGCUCCAUAGACAAGGGAAUAGUAGUCUCCUCCUUAUACUCCCGUUUGUUAAACGUUUCAGUCUGCAGUAGGAAGAAUGCUCUGUUUUGCCCCAUAUGCUGCAUUGCUCCUCUGUCUCUUUCACAAGGUGGGAUCUAUACCUGGGAAAGCUAAAGCUCUCUGCUAAUUUCUCCCUGUUGGGGUAAGAGCACGCUGAACAGAGAUCGCUACUUCUUAACCUGGACUUCAGCUAAAGCAGGAAGAAAGGCCCAUCCUUCUAAGGCAGCGUUGCAAGAGCGUCUCUUGUAGCUGUGGCCAACCAGUCUCCCUGUGUGCUGCAAAGCCGCUGAGAGCAGCUUUGCAAAACUGCGAAGGGAAUUAAAUCCUUCCUCACUUCCACUGGAAAUUUGGAAGGUGAUGUCCUCCAGGGAAAGAGCUGGUAAUCACAACAUCUGAGGUCACAAUAAAGGUGGUGAGCACACUGUUGAAACCACAGCAACUACACAUUGGUCAAAAGCUCAGAUAUUGCAAUACCGCAACUCCCAUUUUUCUCCAGACGUAGCAAAAUCAAGAUUCCCCCCAGAAGGUGAUGAGCUACAAGCGUCUCACUCCUUAACUGUUGUAGCAUUAUGGUUGAUUACUGAACAGUUGCCUCGAAAACACCCCUCCAUUUCCUGAAAUAGCACCAGCUUUGGUAUCGCUAGCCUUACUGCUUGGUUCUAGCAAAUUCAUUGUUAAAAUAAAAUGCAAGGUCUAAACAUUUCUCAUUUUCAUACCUGUGGUAAUGUACUCAGGAGCAACUUCCCUGUAUAUUAGCUUUACUUGGCCAAAAUGUCUUACACGUACCACCAAAUGGACAAUGCAGUGCUAAUAGUCUAGGAUGGAGUUUACACCAAGUGCUCCUCCCUGUUCUAACGCAGUCCUCCGUGACUGCUGUUUCCCUAUGAGAGUGAUAGGGAUAAGCCAUUUUAAUACUGCAAAGACAAGAUUCUCAGCAGAAAUUUCAAAACACCUUAAUCAGUGAUAUAGUUUGGAUUGUAUGUAUAAUCUGUUAAAAUCUGUCUUUUUGUGUUCCCUCCAGGGAAAAUCAAAAUUGUUGGUAACUCAUAGAAAAUUCUUUAUUUAGAUUUCAUUUAAAAACAGAACUGGUCUCACCAAAUGUUAAAUGUAUGAACUGACGAUUCAUUUUGGUAAGAGCUUUUCCACUGAAGUGGAGGUUUUACUACUCUGCCUAGAAUCUGAACAGAUGUAGUACGGAAGAACUAAGUAUCAUAAGGAAAACUGACUUAGCCAAUUGCUUGAAUUUAAGAGGUGUGCCAUGCUUGGUUUACAGAAAUAUACGUAAUUAACUGAUCAUUUACACAGAGCACCUCUGGUUCCAUUUCAUUGCGCUUGCUGUCCUAAUGAAUUGCUCUCGUGCUUGUUAUUUGAGCAGACAAAAAAAUUUGGACUCCAUCAUGUCCAUAUGCACACUAAAAUGGUUUUACUUUCCCUGAUACACUCCAACUAGAAUCAAUAGAAUUGCUGCCUAAGUAUGAGAGUGGUUAUCCCUGCAUUGUGCCACAAAAGUGAUGAUAAACCACAAUCUCCAUGUAUCUUACGCUGAGAUGUGCAAGCCUCACUACAGGCACAAUAUUUGUGCAUUUUUUUGUGAAAUCUGUCCCUGUCUUUUGCAAUCGUGUGAUUUAUUUUGUAUGCUGCAGAGUAGCUAGUGGCUUACUAUAUGCAAAUAAGAUGCCUCUGUUCCACAGUGACAUGCUUUUCAUUUCUGUGCACUUCAUCUUAAAUAACCUGAUUGAAAUGGACACUCACCCGACUUGUAUAUUUGAUGUUCUGAAGUCUUCAGACCACUUAUGCCACUUUCCUAUUUAGGCAGGAAAAAGCUCCAAAGUUCCAUUUCCAUCUGGUUGGGGAAUGCUGGGAAAUGUAGGAGUUUUUCCUUCUAAAUAGGUAUAGGAUUGCACCCUAAAUUUAAGUCCUAAGCGCUCAAAGGAUUAAACUCACUGGAGCUUAACUAAACGUAGUUUUAAGUAAAUGUAGAUUGGAUCACAGUUACUUCAGAAUACUUCAUUCAGUGGGACUCCACUGGCUUACACCAUUGUGGAAAUCUAUAAAAAAUUGAGCUUGGGUUUUUGUUUGUUUGUUUGUUUUGUUUUGAUAACAGUUCUCAUGCUCUUCUAUCCAUUUUGAAUAGUUGUACCAUGUGAGCACUACAAAUCAUGCACAAAUUGUGGAUGAUUGCAGCCAAGGAAUGUUUAAUAAAAGCAAAAAUACACAGCAUCCUGUAGCUUAGAAAGUAUGAUAGUAUAUGUAUGAAAAAGAACUUCAAAGUUAAAUGUGAGUUGACGGGUAUAUUUGGGAAAAUGAAAAUCUAGCAUGUUUUCUACUUUCGGGUCCUUUGUGAGGUUUUCAGCAAAUACUUCCCUUUUUUUUGGAAGAGAUUCCUUCCCAUAAUAAAGCUGUUUUAAAAAUUA